AAUUCCAUUCCUUCCAUCCAGAAACUGAGAUGGUCGGCGCCACCGUGACCGCCAGCGUAGCCGCCGUUCUUCCUCUCAUCUUCUUUCUCCUCACUCUCCCCAUCCUUGCUUCCGACGCCGGAAACCUCCGUCACCUCCUCUUCUCUGCCGGUCUUCCCCGCCCCCAUGCCGCCUUGUCCUCCGCCACCGAUCCCUGCCUCAUCUCCGGCAUCUCCUGCGAGCUCAUGGGCUCAUCCUUCCGCGCAACACGCAUCUCUCUCCCCUCUCUCCGCCUCGCCGGCUCCAUCUCCACCCACGUCGGACUCCUCUCCGACCUCCGUGAGCUCUCUCUCCCUAACAACCGCAUCUCCGGACCCCUCCCCGUCGAGCUCUCCCUCUGCACCAAUCUCGAGAUCCUCAACCUCCGCAACAACCGCAUCUCCGGCGAAAUUCCCCUCGAUUUCUCAUCCCUCUCCUCUCUCCGAUCCCUCGACCUCUCUUCCAACCGCCUCUAUGGCGACCUUCGAUUCCUCGUCUAUUUCCCCAAACUCGAAAACCUAUCCCUAGCGCGCAAUUUGUUCUCCGGUGAAAUACCUCAUUCCCUCUCCUCGUUCCCCAAUCUCCUCACCGUCGACCUCUCCGGUAACCCAUAUCUCAGCGGAAACCACCCUCUUACUCCCCACCGCCGCAGCCUCCUUCCCUCAAACAUCCUCGCACCAGCUCCCUCCCCAUACCAUAAUUCCAUCGCAUCGGCCCCUGGAAUCAGUCCAAUCUCCUCUCCCAUCCCCGCCAACGACCACCAUCGCGGACACAAACACAAGAUCCUGACCUGGAUACUCGGAUUCUUCAUAGGCUCCAUCUCCGGCAUCCUCGGCGGUCUCGUCGUCUCCAUGAUCUACCAUCUAAUCCUCAACUACAUCCGCGGCCGUCGCCGUAAGAGCGGCACUGAAAUCUUCAGCCCUAUCAUAAAAAACAAAGAGGACAUCUCCUUCCUCGAAAAAGAAACCGGAUUAACCGACCUCCAAAUCAUCGGCCGCGGCGGCAGCGGUGAAGUCUACCUCAAAGAACUCCCCACCACCAACGGCGUCAAGAAAAUCGCCAUUAAAAGAAUCCGCAAAGCCGCCGUUGAAAACGGCCCCGAGACCCUAUCCGAAGAAGAAAGCCGUCUCCUCGACAAAUGGAUGCGACAAAUCCGAUCAGAAAUCAGAACCGUCGGCCGAAUCCGCCAUCGCAAUCUCCUCCCUCUCUUAGCCCAUGUCUCCCGUCCAGAUUGCCAUUACCUCAUCUACGAAUACAUGACAAACGGCAGCCUACACAACGCCCUCCGCGACGCCGCAAAUGGCCUGCGAGAUCUUAGCUGGUCCGUCAGACACCGCAUCGCCAUGGGAAUCGCCGCCGGGCUCGAACACCUCCACCACCACCAUAAACCCCAUAUCUUCCACCGCGAUCUAAAGCCCGCUAACGUCCUGCUCGACGAGAACAUGGAGGCGAUAAUAUCCGACUUCGGGUUCGCCAAGGAAGUUCCGGAAAACAACACGCAUAUAACAAUGUCGAACAUCGCCGGCACGGUGGGGUACAUCGCGCCGGAGUAUUACCAGACAAUGAAGUAUACUUCGAAGUGCGAUAUCUAUAGCUUUGGGGUGAUUCUAGCGGUAAUGGUGAUUGGGAAACUUCCGUCGGAUGAGUUCUUUGUGGAGAGAGAGGAGCUCGGAUUGGUUAAGUGGAUGAGGAAUCAGGUGAGGAUGGGGAACACGGCGGCGUGCUUCGACGAACAGAUCGCCGGAAGGGGAGACGAUGAGAAGCUGGAGUUAGCCCUGAGAGUGGCGUGUUUUUGUACGGCGAAUGAUCCGAAGGAGAGGCCGAGUAGUAAGGAUGUUAGGGCUAUGUUGGCUCAAAUCAGUCUUGGCUGAAGUUGUAAAUGAGUCUAGUCGAGUCCGACUCGAGCCAUCUCUAGUUCAAGUUUAUGCUUGAUUAGCUUAAUUUAGUUCAACCUGGAACUUAAUUCUAUCAUG